AUGACGCGCCGAAUUAUAGAGCACAUAUUCAUUUAUAUUAAUGCUAAUCCAUACUGUUGUAAGAUCUUUUUCUCAGAAGUUGUCUCUCAUAUUCUAAUGUUUAUCCUCUUCUUCGUCUAUGUCACUAGUGAAUUUUUCUUAAUCAUAUGGUUACUAUGGCAGGGGUACACAACACGCCUGCUGCAUGACGAUUCUUUGAAUGCCUUUAUUGAAAUCUGUGAACAGAUGUUGAAGAACUUGUAUUUAUCACUCGAUUUCUUGCUUCUACAGGGAAUUAUUACAAUGGACUUUUGA